ACCAGAAGACAGUAACAUGGCGAGAGCUCCUCUGUUCGCCAGUCUCCCUAUUCUGAGCAAAGGGAUUUGUAACUGAGGGCAUUUAAUGCUUGCUGGAGGAGCACGGGGCUUUGUAAGCGAGGGGGAAACACACACACACACAGAGUCUAAAAUAAGAGGACAGCAGUGAGCUGAGAACCCAAUGAAUGUAUGUCACAAUGAUGAUGACAGAUCAGAUUCCCUUGGAGCUGCCACCUUUACUCAAUGGGGAGCUCCCCAUGAUGCCUCACUUGGUGAAUGGGGAUGGGUCGCAACAGGUUAUUUUAGUUCAGGUUAAUCCGGGAGAAACCUUCACCAUAAGAGCAGAAGAUGGAUCUCUGCAGUGUAUCCAAGGGCCAGCGGAAGUUCCCAUGAUGUCCCCUAAUGGAUCCAUUCCCCCAAUUCACGUUCCACCAGGAUACAUCUCACAGGUGAUCGAGGAUAACACUGGGGUCCGCAGGGUGGUGGUCACCCCACAAUCACCGGAAUGUUUUCCGCCCAGCUACCCAUCAGCCAUCUCUCCGACACAUCACCUGCCUCCGUACAUCACGCACCACCCGCAUCUCAUCCCUCACUCGCACGCGGCCUAUUAUCCCCCAGUCACCGGGCCAGGAGAUCUACCACCUCAAUUUUUUCAACAUCACCUUCCACCAACAAUAUACGGGGAGCAAGAAUUCAUCCCUCUCUACGGGAUGUCCAGUUAUAUCACGAGGGAAGACCAAUACAGUAAACAUGACCGACUGCACAAAAAACUGAAGAUCGAUCGUCAGAACCGAUUAAACAGCCCACCCUCAACCAUCUACAAGAACCACAUGAGCUCCUGUGCCACAAUAUACAAUGGCUAUGGGAAGGGACCAUGUGUGGCAGGGGUGGGAGGGGGCGGAGGAACGGGUAUCAAGAAGUCAGAACGAAGAGCUAGGAGCAGCCCCAGGAUGAAUGAGCAGGAUAUUCAAGAUUUCGAUUCUGAAACGAAAAGGGUGCAGGACAUGCUUUCUGGGAUGGGGAGGCCACAGGUAUCCAAUGUCCAAGCCAGGGCAGCUCUACUCACCUGGGCUCCACCUACAGGCCUCACCAACGGGGACAAACAGACAAACGGCCUACCAUACACCUGUAACUAUGAAGUGGCCUCUUCAGAUAAGGGCAAGGACGGGAAGUACAAGAUUAUUUAUAGUGGAGAAGAUUUAGAAUGCAGCCUGACUGAUUUACAGCCAACAACAGAUUAUCACAUCAGAGUUUCCACAAUCUAUAACUCGGUGAAAGGGUCGUAUUCUGAGCCAGUCAGUUUCACCACUCAGAGCUGUGCACCAGACACACCAUCACCACCGAAACUCACCCAUCGGACGAAAAGCACACUGACCAUCCAGUGGAAGGCACCUGUGGACAAUGGAUCAAAGAUCACCAGCUACCUUCUCGAGUGGGAUGAGGGGAAACGGAAUAACAGAUUUCGGGAGUGUUACUUUGGUAACCAGCGGCAUUACAAACUAACCAAACUCUUACCAGCCAUUGGUUACACCUUUCGGUUAGCAGCAUGCAACGAUAUCGGCACCAGUGGCUUCAGCCAGGAAGUGGUCUGUUACACCGCGGGGAACGUGCCACAGCCUCCUGCAGCCCCUCGGUUGGUGCGUGCAGGGGUCACAUGGGUGACGUUACAGUGGAACCGUCCAGAUGGUUCGUCAGCAGAGGAGCACAUCACCUACACGCUGGAGAUGGAGGAAGAGAGCUCGACUGGUGGCUUUGAAUCGAUGUAUACGGGUGAGGAAGUGACCAGCACUGUGAAGUCUCUUACGAGAAGCACACAAUACAAGUUCAGGCUGAUAGCUUCCAACACAGAGGGCAGCAGCAGUCCCAGUGAAGUGCUCGUGUGUAUCACCAACCCAGACCAACCAGGGCCUCCAUCCACACCCUACGUCAUUGGCCCACCGCUCUCUCACAGCCUUCACCUCAAGUGGGACCCUCCAGAAGACAAUGGCGGAUCAGAAAUUCUGAAGUACCUGCUAGAGAUUUCUGAGGGCAGCUCCGAGGGAAGCCAGUGGGAGGUGGUGUACAGCGGAUCACUCAAUGAGACUGUCUGCCAACAACUGAAGCCAGGCACUUUAUACAGGUUCAGAGCCUGUUGUAUCAGCACUGGGGGACACAGUCAGUGUUCGGAGAGUCUGUCUGUUCGCACACAGUGUGUCGCACCCGGCCAGUGUCAACCACCAAGGCUUGUCGGCAAACCAAAACACAAAGAGUUUCAGAUGCAGUGGGGGCCACCGUCAGAUGGGAACUCGAUGGUGACGCAGUAUACGUUGGAGAUGAGUCAAGGAGAGCUAGCACCUUCGGAGGUUUACUGUGGUCCUGAUCUGGAAUGUACUGUCAGCAGCCUCCUGCCUGGGACCACCUAUCAGUUCAGGGUGAGAGCUGCCAAUGAAGCAGGGUACGGACCUUACUCUGAAGCAGUAGAUCUCACAACGGCCACAGGACCCCCAGUUCAGUGUAAAUCGCCUGCACUUUCCUGCUUGUCAACCACAAGUGUACACGUGAGCUGGGAGAGCCCGGAGAGUUAUGGUGCUGACAUAUCAGAGUACAGACUGGAAUGGGGGGAGACGGAGGAAUCCAUGGACCUUGUUUACUGUGGAAUGGAGUCAGCCUUUGAGAUCAACGAACUCAAACCAGCGACACACUACUGCUGCCGACUACAGGCCACUAACCAGGCUGGCUGUGGGCCGUAUAGCAGUGUGAUCACCCACACCACUCCUGCCUCGGUCCCUGAUGCCAUCUCCACGCUGUACGUCCUGGAGGACCAGCACCUGGAUCAUUGUCUGACCUCGACUUCCAGCUGCCUCGCCGUCAAGUGGACCGAACCAUGCUGUAACGGCUCUGAGAUCCUCUCGUACAGCAUAGACCUGGGGGAGAGCCAGCUGACUGUGGACAACAUCACGGCCUACAUUAUACGCGAUCUCCUGCCUGGCACCUCCUACAGGAUCCGGGUUCGGGCGGUGAAUGGAAUCGGUGCUGGCCCCUUCAGCCACGCGGUCAAAGCCAAGACAAGACCUCUGCCACCGGCUCCUCCAAGGCUGGAGUGUGCUGCCUCAGGCCCUCAGAGCCUUAAGCUGAAGUGGGGUGACAGCAGCGUUACCAAAGUACUACCCACCGAUGUUGAAACUGUCUACAUCCUCCAAAUGGAGGAACGGAGUGGAAAGUUUAUUCCAAUCUAUCGAGGGCCAAGCCACACUUACAAGGUGCAGAGACUGACGGAGUCCACAUAUUACAGUUUCCGAAUUCAGGCAGUCACUGAGGCUGGAGAAGGACCCUUCUCCACGGUCCAUGUGUUCAACACAACCAAAUUAGUCCCUCCUGCUCUCAAAGCUCCACGGGUCACUCAGCUGGAAGGAACCGCCUGUGAGGUCACGUGGGAAGGUCUCCCACCAAUGAGAGGCGAUCCAAUGAGUUACAUUCUCCAAGUCACACUGGGCAGGGAGUUGGACUACAAACAGGUGUACAAGGGGGAGGACACAACAUUCCAGAUCUCAGGCCUUCAGACGAACACAGAUUAUCGGUUUCGGGUCUGCGCCUGUCGACGCUGCCAGGACAUGUCACAAGAGCUGACUGGACCCUUUAGUCCUUCUGCCAUUUUCACACUACGGAGGAAAGAGUCUCCUCCAACCAGUGAACUGCGAACCGCAGAGUUGGCCAAAAUGAGGAGCGUGAUGCCCAGUGACGAGCAGUUUGCUGCCCUCAUCCUGGUGGGAUUCGCCAGUUUAUCGAUUUUCAUCGCCUUUGUUUUACAAUAUUUCAUCAUGAAGUAACAGAGGGCGAAGAAAGCAAAAAAAAACAUUACGCAUAUAAUUCUUGAGGGUGAGAGGGUUUACCCUCUUCAACACUCGCAGUAUCCAUGGGGCCCAACCGCACAGAAUGGGGUUUAGGGGGAGUGGGGAGAAAGGCUUAUGAACUCCCCCAGAUUUCUUGAUAUGAGUAAUGUCUCCUUUCCAUGACCUGAAUAGUAACAACAUACCCCCCCCAUUCCCCUUCACAUUUCUAUAGCUGAUUGUGCCCCUCUGGUUAUCAGUUGAUGUAGCAAUAUUAGCAUUGAUUUAUAGUUUAUUCUCGCAGUUUUUUUAUUAUUAUUUUCAAUCGCAGAACUUGACAAAGCAAUCAGAGCAGAUAGUUACAUUUGAGCAAUUUGUUUUAUGAUUUAAAGAUUACUUUCUGUUGCCAAAGCUUCAGGCAUGUCUACUUUAACCAGUUUUUUUUAAUUUAAACUGUUAUUUGUGUUUUGUGAUGCUUGCUUUUAAUUUUAUUCUUCUCUCUUUGAGGUCUCAUGUACGUGUCAUUCAACCUUCUAAAACGUCUUUUUAAAGAAAAAUGAUUAGACUGUACUUGUUUCAAUUUGAAAGUUAAAUUGUGUAAGGAGAGUCUUGUGGUGCAGUGGUAGUGUCCUUAUCUUCAGGCCUGGAGGCCUGGGGUUCUAUUUGAGUUGUGGAAAAGGUUGUCUCAUUCAGACCAUAACUCACUAGGUUUUGUCUCUAUGUCAAUCUUGGUCAUACCCGAGUUGAAUGGACACUCACAGUUACUGCCCACUCUGCCUUGACCCGCCCUGGAAUGGAACAGUGCAAUUACAAGGCCGAAUUGUCCAGGU